AUGGCUACGCGCUUGUCCGUUGCCAGAAAAAGUCAGUCUUCAACUGGUCCAGUAACCAAAGCCAUGGCCACAGGCUUGGCUGUUGACCAAAAAAGUUCCACAACUAUAACCACGCGACUGGCCAGUCGCAGAAAGAAUGAAUUUCCAUCCAACCUGGUGACCACAGAUACAGCCACACACUUGACAGGGGCCAAAAGUGAACAUCCUUUACCUGGCCCAGUGACCACAGCCAAGGAGAAAGCCUUAGCUGCUACCAGAAAGAGUCGAUCGAUGUCUAGUUUGGUAAUUGCCUCCACUGCCAAGCACUUAGAAGCUGCCAAAAGAAGUCAAUCUCUGUCUGGCCAAGUGAUAGCAGCAACAAGGUCGCAGUUGGCUGUUACCAACAAAGGUCAAUUUUCAUCUUGCCCCAUGACCACAGACCUGGCUCCACUUUUAACUAUUGCUACUACAGGACAAUCUCCAUCAGGGGAUGCAAGUAACAUAAAGCAAACAGUUACAGAAACGACUAACAAGGAGACAAGUGCUCCAGAAAAACCUGAUGAGAACAGGCCAAGAUGUACUGUCAAGAGAAGGCCUUCUGAAAGGCGUUUCAGUGUAAGGCUGGUGGAGAGUUCCUCCAGAUUCAGAGAUAUCGUGGUGAGGAAGCAAGAUGGCUUCACCCACAUCAUGUUAUCCACAAAAUCAUCAGAAAAUAACUCACUAAAUCUAGAAGUGAUGAAAGAACUUCAGGAUGCUCUCAACAAGGCUGCUGUUGAUGACAGCAAGCUGGUACUUCUCAGUGCAAUUGGCAAUGUCUUCUGCUUUGGACUGGACUUUACUUAUUUUAUACAGCGCCUCACAGCGAACAAGAAAAGAGAAAGUGCUAAAAUGGCAGAAUCGAUCAAAAAUUUUGUGAAUACGUUCAUUCAGUUUAAGAAGCCUAUUAUUGCAGCAGUCAAUGGCCCAGCCCUUGGCUUGGGAGCAUCUAUACUGCCUCUUUGUGAUGUGGUUUGGGCUAAUGAAAAGGCUUGGUUUCAAACCCCCUAUACCACCUUUGGACAGAGUCCAGAUGGCUGUUCCAGCUUUACAUUUCCCAAUACUAUGGGAGAAGCCUCUGCAAAUGCAAUGUUGCUCAGUGGGCAGAAACUGACAGCACAGGAAGCUUGUAAGAAGGGCCUGGUCUCCCAGGUAUUUUGGCCACAGACCUUCAGCCAGGAAGUCAUGAUUCGAAUCAAGGAGCUCGCCUCAUGUAAUGCAGUUGUCCUGGAAGAGUCCAAAGCCCUACUGCGCUUUACCACCAAGAUGAAGUUGGAGGAGGCCAAUGAGAGGGAGUGCAAAGUGCUGAAAAAUAUUUGGGGCUCUGCAGAGGGAAUAGAGGCCAUGUUAAAAUACUUGCAGAAAAAAAUUGAGUACUGA